GCUGCUACCACAGGAGAGCUGAGGAGUUCACCUUCCAGGACCAUGGACACGUCUUACCCUCGUGAGGACUACCUGCCCAUGACGUCCCGCAAGCAGGAUCCUUCUCCCACUGUCAUCACCAUUGGACCCUCCGUAGUGCCCCGGGACCACCUGAUCUGGUCCAUCUUCAACACCAUCUACAUGAACCUCUGUUGCUGUGGCUUAGUGGCUCUUGCCUACUCCGUCAAGGCGCGGGAUCAGAAGGUGGCUGGUGACAUCGAGGCCGCUCGCCACUUCAGCUCCAAAGCCAGAUGCUACAACAUCCUGGCGAUGGUGUGGAGCCUGCUGCUGCCGCUGCUGCUCAUCGCCCUGGCGAUCACAGGCGUGAUCCACCUCUCCAAGCUUGCUCAGGAGUCCAUGGACUUCUUCAACUACAAGUUCUUCGCUAAUGAAGAUGAUGGAAAGUGACCCAGGGGCCUCGCGGGCUCCUGGAAACACACGUGGGCCACUCCAGCAGCCUCCUAAAGACACUGCUAAUCCAGUAUAAUCCAGCCAACCAAACCACUGCACAUUGCAACCUCUGUUGUUGUCAACCAGAGCAACCAAUGCCUCCCACCAACCAGAGCACCACUGAGGUAGUCAU